UUGUUUCCAGAUAAUGUAAUGUUAAUUUCGCUACCAUAAACUGCCUCCAAGUUUUAGAGAAUUUGGCAGUACGUCCAACCAGCCUGACAACUACAGACCACAUGUAACCACGCUGCGUUCAAAACAAUUGGGAACUCGGGAAUCUUUUGACUUCAGUGCUUCCAAUACAAUUUGGAACUCAGAAAAAAACGAGCUGAGAAUAGGAAAAAUCUUUUGAAAGCUCACCCAACUCGGAAUUCGAGGUCGGAAACUCGGACCUCUUCCUCGAGUUCCGAUUUUCCGACUUGAAGAUCACUAACCUCGUGGUUUUUGAAGUUGCCAGUUGUCUUGAAAGCACCAUAAACCGUGGACAUUAAACAUGUGCACAUGCUGAAAAUUCCUGAGCUCAAAAGUAUUACAAGUAAUUUGCAUUUAUCAGGGAGCUUUGAAAUAUUCUGAGUUUGUAGAUAGAGUCCGAUUUCAUUGACGAAAUGUAUACUUUUUUUUCUUCCCUUAAACGAUUUAUUUUAUAUCUCGGUGUAUAACGGAAACAAACGUAAUAUUGGUAAAACGAAAGUUAGAUGAUACAAACCUCAAUGAUUUAAUGGUGGUUGAAAUGAUUUUCACCUGUGUACAUUUGAUCUAUUAGAGGACUGCAAUAAUAGUGGUGAAAGAUUAAUGCUGGAGCAUCCACUAUAAAAGGCCCUACAAUUGGGAAGUGAAGAAUGGUCAGACUUCGUUUGCUCUGCCAGAAAAACAACGAUCUAGAGAGACUUCUGUGACUCUUCUAAGAUACAAAGCGAGGGAUCCAAACUGUGUACAUUUUGAAGCCAUGAGCAGGAGAUUCAGUGAAGUUCAACGUCCCUCCACAGUGUCCUCUGUGACCGAGCCCAUGUGCGUACUCACCACAGAGUGGGUGUGGUUCUGGGAGGACGAGUACGGAAAAUGGGUCCAGUACGCAUCCAUCAAAGAGAUGCACAGAUUGUCGUCCAUCACCAGUGAAGACCUUGAGAAAAGGUUCCAGGAGGAUCAAAGUGCUGUGGUGAAGUUCACUGCAGGCCAGCAGUCUUAUGAGCUGAGUUUCAGAGACAUGACGCAAAAAAACAAAAGAUACGGUACUGUAAGGAUGGUCAGGCGUCGUCCUGUGUUUGUUUCAACUGCAGACAGCAGGACAAAUAGAACAUACAAUUCCUCUCAGCAUUUCAGAGCUGUUCCUGGAUCUUGGGACAAGUCUGCCAUACCUGACAUUGGAUAUAAGACAGUCACUCUUCUGAGUUCUGACAGGGACUAUCAGAAGGUCCAGAGACUUUUCAACAACACCAUGAGGGGCUUCCAGAUCACCAGCAUCGAGAUGGUCCAAAACAGGGACCUCUGGGAAGUCUUCCAGUGGAAAAGAGAUUUGAUGAAGAAAAACAAUGGGGGUAGAAACAGCAAGGAGCUACAUCUCUUCCACGGGACGGACCCAAAACAUGUAGACGCCAUUUGCAGAGAUAACUUCGACUGGAGGCUGUGUGGAACCAAUGGAACUACGUAUGGCGAAGGGAGUUACUUUGCCAGGGAUGCCAAGUACUCGCACUGCUUCACCAGCCACUCAGGAGUGAGGUCCAUGUUUGUUUGUUGGGUGCUUGUUGGUGACUACACACAAGGGAAGUCGGACCUCCGUCGCCCCCCUCCAAAAGGCGAGGGAAAUCCCACUUUCUAUGACAGCUGUGUGGACAAUGUCCUGAACCCAUCCAUAUAUGUGGUGUUUGAAAAGCACCAGGUGUACCCCGAGUUCCUCAUCAGAUAUGAUGAUGGCGUCAUGCACUUGUCCUCUUCGGCUCCAGCUCCACCAAAAACUGUCUCUAUCCAAUCCACUUACAUAGUCCAAUACCCAGCAUCCAACCAGAUUCAAGCAGCAGCUUCUGCUACGCUGCAAAACUCUCGAGUUCCAUCCACUUCCACUUUGAGUCCAUCUCAAGCAGCCACCACUUUCUCUAAUCCAACCAAUUCUCUUCCCCCUUCACGUCUCCCAAAACCUGCCCGAACCAAAUCGGGAUUCAGUCAAUCUGCAGUCAUCAUGAAGCCAGCCCCAAGUUCUCUAUUGGUGGAUACCACCCUAGGUCAAGCUAAUUGGUCUUACACUCCCUCAUUCAGCAAACUCCCUCAUAAACUCAUUACCCAAGCCAGCGCCCCCCUCGUACACCCACUACCCUACCCAGCACCCCCUCUUGUACACCCACGACCCCAGCCAGUACCCCCUCUUACAUACUACCUACCCCAGCCAGUACCCUGUCUUAUACACGCGUUACCCCAGCCAGUACCCCCAGUACCCUCUCGAACAACCAGUAACCCCUCUCGUACAACCACUACCCCAGCUAGUACCCCCUCUCGUACACCCACUACCCCAGCCAGUACACCCUCUCGUACACCCGCAACCCCAGCCAGUACCCCCUCUCGUACACCCGCAACCCCAGCCAGUACCCCCUCUCGUACACCCAGUACCCCCUCUCGUACACCCACAACCCCAGCCAGUACCCCCUCUCGUACACCCAGUACCCCCUCUCGUACACCCAGUACCCCCUCUCAUACACCCACAACCCCAGCCAGUACCCCCUCUCGUACACCCACAACCCCAGCCAGUACCCCCUCUCGUACACCUAGUACCCCCUCUCAUACACCCACAACCCCAGCCAGUACCCCCUUGCGUACACCCAGUACCCCCUCUCGUACACCCACAACCCCAGCCAGUACCCCCUUUCGUACACCCAGUACCCCCUCUCAUACACCCACAACCCCAGCCAGUACCCCCUUUCGUACGCCCAGUACCCCCUCUCAUACACCCACAACCCCAGCCAGUACCCCGUUUUAUGCACCCACUAGGCCACCCAGGAUCCCCUCUCGCACACUUACUCCUUCAGCCAGUGCCCCCUCUCGCACACUUACUCCUUCAGCCAGUGCCCCCUCUCGCACACUUAUUCCUUCAGCCAGUGCCUCCUCUCGCACACUUACUCCCUCAGCCAGUGCCCCCUCUCACACACUCAUUACCCCUGGCACUGCCCACACUCGCUCAAGCAACCCCUUUCGCACACUCACUACCCCUGCCAGCCCCCCUUCUCGCACACUUUCCCGUUCAACUGACACAUCCUCUCAGGCUCACACCCGCUCAACGACUACUACUCGCACCCUCUCUGCCAGUAGUACCUCUCACCCACGAUCCCCUUCAUCCUCAUUGAGCACACCUUACCACACACUUUCUCACUCAUCCUACACCCACACUUACACAGACUCCUCCACACUCUCAGGGUUUGACCACUCCACAUCGAGCACUACUUCUGACACAUCUACUACUUUCACAUCAUCUAGAGUGCAGGAGUUAAUUAAACAAUUUGGUGGUCAAAGUUCGACCUGUUGAAAAUGUGUAGUGUUUCUGAAUGAUAAUUGCAGGUUCAUGUCAAAUAUGCAUAGUUGGUGUGUUAAACCCUUGCAACAAACAAGAAUGAUGUUCAACACAGCAGGUUGGUGGCACCUUGGGGAGAACGGUCUCGUGUGAAUGACUGGAGCAGAAUAGGUGGAAUGGUAUCAAACACAGUUUCCAGGUGUUUGAUGCCAUUCCAUUAUUAUGAGCCAUUCUCCCCUCAGCAGCCUCCUCUGUUCAACUAGUACAAAGGAAUAUGAUGAGCAUGUUUCCUUUACUCUGGGACUUCUGUUCUGCUGACACAUUUUGUAAAGUAGUUGGAUUUCUGUGUAUUCAACUAAAUAAACUAAAUGGCCAAUAGAAAGUCAUUGACUGGAUGUUUGUUUGACUAGUGGUGUGGAGUAAUGCAGAAUAAGUAGGGUGCAGAGUUUAGCAACAUCACCCCUAGGGGGAAGAAAACACAUUUAAAAAUGAAAAAAACAAUGUUGUAUGCAGUUGUGCAUUCAGAAACUAACAUGACUGCAUUUACACAGACAGCCCAAUUCUGAUUAUUUUGUCAACACAUGAUAUAUGCCAUUCAUCAAACUCUCAUCCAAAGUGAUUUACAGACAUGCGUGCAUUCACUUUACGUAUGGGUGGUCCAGGGAAUAAAAACCACUACCCUGGCAUUACAUGCGCCAUGCUCUACCAACACCUAAAAAGGACACAUAAUUUCACAAAUACAAUUUAUUUAUACAUAAAAAGGUAAUUUUCUCCUAAAUUUCAAAAGAAAAAAUUGACUACCAAGACUUAUAGAUUAUCUAGUGAUGCCAUAGAUUUACUUUUU